CAUAAUUUCUCCCAGAGUUCGAUCGAGACAUUGAAGUGGAAAGUGUCCUUAAGUCGACCUGAAGCAAGUUCAGGUUUGAGCUCUGUGAUGGAUCAGUGUGAGAACGAAGAGGAGGGAGCCGGUCCCUCUAAAACCACCCUGCAUCAGGAACAUGAAGCUCAGAGCCCAGAGCAGCAGUACACACCAGACUCUCCUGAACCUGGACCUGGACCUGGAUCUGCAGCCAGCUGUGUGUCCCUGAAGAGUACUCGAUCCAUGACUCCACCUCCAGAUUUUAAACAACCAGAGACAGACCCAGAGCAGCAGUACACACCAGACUCUCCUGAACCUGGACCUGGAUCUGCAGCCAGCUGUCCAGACCUGGAUGUGUUUGACCUGAAGAAAUACUCUGUUUCAGAGCAGACUCUUCUGAGGCUGAUGCCAGUGGUCAAAGCCUCCAACAAAGCUUUACUGAGUAGCUGUGACCUGACAGAAAGAAGCUGUGAGGCCCUGUCUUCAGUUAUCAGCUCCCAGUCAUCUAACUUGAGAGAGCUGGACCUAAGUAACAACAACCUGCAAGACUUGGGGGUGAAGUUGAUGUCUGCUGGACUAAAUAAUCCAAAUUGUAAACUAGCUGUACUCAGGCAAGUGUUCAACUUUUUGAAAUGAUAAUCUGGAUUUCUAUAUUAAUUAUUGAAGGGACCUUCUGAAAAUAUGUUUCAGGUUCAGUGGUUGCGCACUGUCUCAUAAAAGCUGUGAGGACCUGUCUACGGUUUUCAUCUCUCAGCCAUCUAAUCUGAGAGAGCUGGACCUGAGUAACAAUAACCUGCGGGAUUCAGGGAUGAAGAUACUCUCAGCAGGACUAAGAAGUCCAAACUGUACAUUGGAAACUCUCAGAUUGAGGGACUGCAAACUGUCUGCAAAAAGCUGUGCAGCUCUGUCCUCAGUUCUUAGCUCCCAGUCCUCUAGCCUGAGAGAACUGGACCUGGAUGACAACGACCUGCUGGAUUCAGGAGUGGAGUUGCUGUCUGCUGGACUGGAGAGUCUAACCUGUAAACUGGAAAUUUUAAGAUUGUCAGGCUGUUUAGUCAAAGAGGAAGGAUGUUUAGCUCUGGCUUCGGCUCUGAGCUACAACCCCUCCCAUCUGAGAAUGUUGGACCUGAGUUACAAUCAACCAUCGGAGUCAGGAGUGGAGCAGCUGUCUGCUGGACUGGAUGAUCCAUGCUGGAAACUAGACAGCCUCAAGGUGGACUAUGGUGGACUGCAGAGACUUAAACCUGAUAUCAAAAAGUAUGUCUGUGAACUGGAAGUGGACAAAAACACACUGAGCAGAAACCUCACACUGUCUGCUGACAAAAGGACGUUGACUUAUGUGGAGGAGGAUCUGCCUUAUCCUGAUCAUCUGAACAGAUUUAAAUCUCUUCAGGCAUUGUGUACAAACGCUUUAACAGGUCGCUGUUACUGGGAGGUUGAGUGUACAGGAAAGGUUGAGGUAGCAGUGGCUUACAGAAGAAAGAACAGCAGAGGAGUUAUUGACUUAGAGUUUCGGGAUUGUGAUCAGUCCUGGAGUCUGAGAAGAUGUAGACAUGGUGGUUAUAAAGUCUGUCACAAUGGUGUUGGAACAUACAUCUCACCCUCCUGUUCCUCAGAAAGAGUAGCAGUCUACUUGGACCAUCCUGGUGGCACUUUGUCCUUUUACAUAGUUGAUGCUGGCACCUUGGUGCACCUCCGCACCUUCAAAACCACAUUCACUGAGCCUCUUUAUGCUGGGUUUGCUUUCCUGGAUCGUUAUCAUAGUUCCUCAGUGUCUCUGUGCUCUCUGUAGGUCUAAGAGUCUCAGACAUUCUGCUGACUGACAGUAAACCAUCUGACUCAGACACACAUUUAAUUCAUAACUCAAUGUUUUCCUGUCUGUUUAAACAAUCCUCCAUCUGCUGUCUUUCAACAGUCAAAUGCAUCGAGAAUCUUUGGUGUAGAAAAUUAGGGGUGUCUCUGACUAAGGAUUUAAAUAAUUGAACCUACAGCAGCUACAAUCUAUGCAUCUUACAACAGACAAAGAAACACAGAUUUUUACCAUCUUCUGACUUACUAUUUGAAAAUGAACUAUGCCCACUCUUACUAUUCUAACGCAAACAGUCCUGUUGCAUCAGAAAGAGUCUGCAUGAAACCAAUCCAGUGAAAGAUUAAAUCCAUACACAUUACAUCCAUGAAGAUCUACGGGGUGUUCUGGCAGGCCGUCAACCAACGAUCUGAAGGAGCCUAAGAGAGCUCAAGAGAUUUACAGAUAGAUACAUGCAGUAAUAUGAUGUACUGUAUAUGCACAGAGAGAGAGCGAGAGAGAGAGAGAGAGAGAGAGAGAGAGAGAGAGAGAGGAGCUCAAGGUGCCAGUUCCCCCGGUAGUCUAAGCCUAUAGCAGCAUAACUAGGAGCUGGUCUACACCAGCACCAGCCCUAACUGUUCCAGAGGAGAGGAGCCUGAUAAC